GAAAGUGAAGUUUGCCGUUUAUAUUGCACAUUGAUUACGACAUACCUGUUAUAAUAUUAUACUAUGCGCCUUCAUCUAUUUCGCUGUCGGGUGCGGACAUGAAUGCUCACGUGGUGGACUAGCGGUGGAAGCGACGGCGAGACGGCGAUCACUACUGUUUGUUUUCUCCGGCAACGUGGUUGAGCGAGUUGAGUAGACCAAGGCCUGAGUUUCACGUGCGUUAAGCCGAUCUGCGCCGUUCUUGAAAAUGCCGAAAAUCAAGAGGGAGCGAACAGACAGCACCCACGACGAGGACCAAUCCACUAUGCAUGUGUCGAAGAAAGCCAAGAAGAUAAAAGUAGAAGAUGGUGCUGCUGUGGAAGACGGCAUGGACGAUUCCGCACUUGCCCACGAAAAUGGUGGGCUGGAUUCUUUGACUUAUGAAGAAAAGUUGGCUUUCGUCAACCCUAUUGCAAAGCCCAUGGCCUCGAAAAAGUUCACAAAGAAGUUAUUCAAGUUACUUAAAAAGGCUUCGAAGCAUAAAGGUUAUCUUUAUGCUGGAAUUAAAGAAGUGCAAGCCAAGAUUCGCAGGGGCGACAUUGGUAUGGUGGUGUUGGCGGGAGAUGUACAACCAGUCGACAUAUGCAGCCACAUUCCCGCCGUUUGUGAAGAGAAGGGCUUGCCGUACAUCUGGACGCCAUCACGACGUGAUCUGGCUGCUGCGAUUGGAAAGAAGAGAAUGGUGAUGUUAUGUCUGGUCAAAGAACACGACGACUACAAGGAGCUGAUGGCGGAAUGUGCUCAGGUGAUUGAGAAGGAGUACACUAUGGUGUAGAACUGAGUUACGAGAUCUUCGGGACACACACAAGAACUUUUUGUUCACUGCAUCUACAUUUUGUGCGCUUCUCCCAGGAAUCUGAUUGCGCUGGCUGCCGCUACUGGCCUUGUAUUGUCCUUGCUGUAUAUCAUGAUGUAUUGAUGCUUGAGUUUCUAUGUUACAUUUCGAUGUAUUCACUUUGUCGUCAUGCAUGAAACGUCUGGUUGCGGUGUAGUCGCCAUGUCUUUAUUAAUGUAGCACCUGCUUGCCUGCCAGCCAGCAUCUUAAAGGCAGUGGUGCCGACCGUAACUAGUGCCUACAAUUUCCUGAAAUUCGCAGACAUGCACAGUCAUUCUCCACAUUACUGAACACUUAAAACCAGUUUGUGUUUUCUGUGAAAUUAUGGAUUGGUCAGCAGUAUGCAGUCUACUAAUUGCUGUUGUGUGUUACCUGUACAUAAAGCACCCAGAAUAAACCUUGAAAAUUUCGGUACA